AUGUCUGACAAUGAUAUGAUCUCACCGCUCCUAUUAAAAUUUCUCCAUUUCUUCUUCUUUCCAAACACACUUGGAAACCCAAUCAAAAUCCAUGUCUACUCUCCCGUCAAACCCUCUCUGGAUUUUUUUCACAGUGCUGUGCACCUUCUUGGUGGCUGCAAAGUCAUCAACUGUUGGCGUGAGCUAUAUUUCACGCUUUCUUGAGAUUCAGGACAAAGAAAGAGCUCCUUCUUCUGUUCAACUCACUGCUGCUUAUGGUGUCCUCAAUCGCCUCUUUCCUUUUCAUUCUUCCAGCUUUGAGUUCAAGAUCAUCCCCAAGGAGCAUUGCGGUGGGGAGCUUUGCUUCAAAAUAAGCAAUCACCCUUCUUUUAGCUACAAUGGCUAUCCUGAAAUUUUGAUAAGUGGAACCACGGGUGUGGAGCUUGCAGCUGGUCUGCAUUGGUACUUAAAAUAUUGGUGUGGAGCACACAUAUCAUGGAUGAAAACAGGUGGAGCACAGCUAGCUUCUGUUCCAAAAGCUGGCUCACUGCCGCAAGUUCAACAUGCUGGUGUAGAAAUCAGGAGACCUGUUCCUUGGAGUUAUUACCAGAAUGCUGUUACAUCAAGCUAUACAUUUGCAUGGUGGGACUGGGAAAGAUGGGAGAAGGAGAUUGAUUGGAUGGCUCUUCAAGGUAUCAAUUUGCCCUUAGCAUUCACAGGACAAGAAGCUAUCUGGCAAAAGGUCUUCCAGAAAUUCAAUAUUAGCACUUCGAGUUUGGAUGAUUUCUUUGGGGGUCCAGCAUUUCUUGCAUGGUCAAGGAUGGCAAAUUUACAUGGAUGGGGAGGGCCUCUUCCUCAGAGUUGGUUGGAUCAACAACUCCUAAUGCAAAAGAAAAUUCUUGCUAGAAUGUACCAACUUGGAAUGACUCCAGUGCUUCCUGCCUUUUCUGGAAAUGUCCCUGCUGCACUAAAACGUGUUUUUCCAUCAGCAAAGAUAACACACCUGGGAAAUUGGUUUACUGUUCAUGGUGAUCCUAGAUGGUGCUGCACUUAUCUUCUUGAUGCAACUGAUCCCUUGUUCAUUGAAAUUGGAAAAGCAUUUGUUAAGCAACAAGUGAACGAAUAUGGAAGAAGUAGCCACAUUUACAACUGUGAUACCUUUGAUGAGAACACGCCACCCAUAGAUGACCCAGAAUAUAUCUCGUCCUUAGGUGCUGCAAUUUUCAGGGGAAUGCAAAGUGGUGACAGUGAUGCUGUUUGGCUAAUGCAGGGAUGGCUUUUCUCGUAUGACCCAUUCUGGAGGCCUCCUCAGAUGAAGGCACUCUUACAUUCUGUUCCUGUGGGUAAGAUGAUUGUCCUUGAUCUGUUUGCUGAAGCAAAACCAAUAUGGUCCUCUUCAGAGCAAUUCUAUGGUGUUCCUUACAUCUGGUGUAUGCUACACAAUUUUGCUGGCAAUAUUGAGAUGUAUGGUGUUCUGGAUGCAGUUGGGUCUGGACCUGUUGAAGCUCGUAGAAGUGAAAACUCAACCAUGGUUGGUGUUGGGAUGUCGAUGGAAGGCAUUGAACAAAAUCCUGUUGUCUAUGAUCUUAUGUCUGAAAUGGCAUUUCAGCAUGAGAUAGUCGAUGUUAAGAAAUGGGUUGAUCUUUAUGCUAAAAGACGGUAUGGUAGAUAUGUGCAAUCUCUGCAAGAUGCCUGGACCAUAUUGUAUGGUACACUUUACAAUUGCACGGAUGGCUCCCAAGAUAAGAAUAGAGAUGUAAUUGUGGCAUUCCCAGAUGUUGAUCCGUAUUCAAUCGCAAUACCUCAAGUAACAAUCAGUAGAAGAUAUCAAGAUAACAGGAUACAAUUUUUGUUGAGAACUGUCCGUGAAGAGUUAACUGAUUCCUUCAGCAAACCCCAUUUAUGGUAUUCAACUUCAGAAGUAAUAGAAGCACUGAAACUUUUCCUAUCAAGUGGAGAUGAAGUACCAGAAACUAGUACUUACAGAUACGACCUUAUUGACCUGACAAGACAAGCCCUGGCCAAGUAUGCAAAUCAGCUAUUCUUGAAGGUCAUAGAAUCAUAUCAGCUAGCUGAUCUCCCUGCAGUUGCUCACUUUAGUCAAGAGUUCCUUGGUCUUGUGGAAGAUAUGGACAUACUUUUAGGUUGUCAUGAUGGAUUUCUAUUGGGACCUUGGUUAGAGAGUGCAAAGCGACUUGCUCAGGAUGAAGAACAGGAAAGACAGUUUGAAUGGAAUGCAAGAACCCAAAUUACAAUGUGGUUUGACAACACACAAGAGGAGGCUAGUUUGCUUCGUGAUUAUGGAAAUAAGUACUGGAGUGGGCUUCUACGAGAUUAUUAUGGCCCUCGUGCAGCAAUUUACUUUAAGUUUCUGAUUGAGAGUUUAGAAAAGGGUGAUGGCUUUCGUUUGCAACACUGGAGGAGGGAGUGGAUCAAGCUUACCAACGACUGGCAAAGUAGUAGGAACAUUUUUCCUGUGAAAAGCACAGGAAACGCCCUUAAUGUAUCAAGGUGGCUUUACAAGAAGUAUUUAGAAGACCCUAGUUUUCAUGAUGUCUAGAAAUCUAGAUGCAACAUAUUGGAUAAAGUUGCAAAUCUGUUAACUUCGAAGUAUUGUACGGGAACCAUCUCUAUCACUAGUAUGCAGAUGAGAACUAAAAUCUCCCCAUUUGGUGAUGCCCAUUUUUCUCAUUAUGUUUCAUGUCAUUUUGUGUUGAGACAGUCAACUUGAAGCA